UGAGUGACGGCGGCGGCUCGGCGGGGCCCCGUGAGGAGAAGGAGGCGGCGGCGGCCGCCAUGGAGUCGGUGCGGGCGCAGCGGCUGCAGCCGGGGGUGGGGACGCUGCGCUCCCUGCGGGCCGGCCUCGCCGGGGCCUCGGCGGGGCCUCCGCCGCCUCCUCCCCCGCCGUUGCCCUCGGCCUUGGGGCUGCAGGGCCCCGCCGCGCUGUCCCAGCCCCCCCCGGCCGGCGCCGGGCCGCCCGCCGUGCUGAGGGAGGCGGUGGAGGCGGUGGUGAGGAGCUUCGCCAAGCACACGCAGGGAUACGGCCGCGUGAACGUCGUGGAGGCCCUGCAGGAGUUCUGGCAGAUGAAGCAGUCGCGGGGAGCCGACCUGAGGAACGGGGCGCUGGUGGUGUACGAGAUGGUGCCUUCCAGCAGCCCCCCCUACGUCUGCUACGUCACGCUGCCGGGGGGCAGCUGCUUCGGCAGCUUCCAGUUCUGUCCGACCAAGGCCGAAGCCCGGAGGAGCGCCGCGAAGAUCGCGCUGAUGAACUCGGUGUUCAACGAGCACCCCUCGCGGCGCAUCACGGACGAGUUCAUCGAGAAGAGCGUCUCGGAGGCGCUGGCGUCCUUCAACGGCAAUCGGGAGGAGGCUGACAACCCCAACACCGGGAUCGGCGCCUUCCGCUUCAUGCUGGAGUCCAACAAGGGGAAAUCCAUGCUGGAGUUCCAGGAGCUGAUGACGGUUUUCCAGCUGCUGCACUGGAACGGCAGCCUGAAGGCCAUGCGGGAGAGGCAGUGCUCGCGGCAGGAGGUGCUGGCCCACUACUCCCACCGCGCCCUGGACGACGACAUCCGCAACCAGAUGGCCACGGACUGGGUGAACCGGGAGCAGAGCAGCCCGGGGGCCCUCUCCAGAGAGCUGGCUUCGACCGAGAGGGAGCUGGACGAGGCGCGCCUGGCUGGCAAGGAGCUGCGUUUCCACAAGGAGAAGAAAGACAUCCUGAUGCUGGCGGCCGGCCAGCUGGGGGGCGCGCACCCCUCCAGCUGCUAGGCUCCCGUACGCGGGGUGCUCCUCGCCCCCCGACCCCGCUAACGCCCCCGCGCGGACCGGGGUCCGUCGUCGCGGGUCCCUUAGAGCAUGUAAGGCCUCUUCCCGUUUGCACAUUUUGCAGAAAAACCAAGCGAAAACGCCCCCGUACGGAUUUUUCUACCUUGUAGCGCUUGGCUUCUAGACCUGCUCCGGAGUUGAGGAGCUCCUCCUGUCCCCUUUUGUUUUUGUUUUUGUUUUUAAGGAAGCGGCCUUCCAGCGCUAACGCUAACACUUUCUGUCGGUACUGCGGGGGCGUGGCGCUGCCUCCACAAAGCUUCUGUUCCUCGGAGCUGCUGCGGGCCGUGCGCACCUGCCUCUGCCUUUUGCCUCUGCAUUAACGGGGUUUUUGCCAAAAACUCCCUCCUGCUGAGCGCAGCAACGGGCGCUCCCCGUAACGCCGCGCCGCGAGCUGCGUGGGGAGUGCUCCCAAGCACCCAGCAGGGAUUUAGAAGCGAGAUUUUGGUCGGGCCAGGUUGGGAGGCUGGCAGUCGGUGCAGAAUUGGACCCGCCGGAGCCUCCUGCUGGGCCCUGGGUCCUUACGGGGGCGCUGCAGCGCCGCCCCGAGUGCCCGCAGCGGCGUGACGGUCGGUUUGGCUGGCAGCGGGGCGGUGGAGCCGUGUGGAGGAGAGAAGAAUUAGGGAAAACCUUGCGAGAAACGGGGGCUGGACGCGCUGUUCGCUCCCGAGCAGCUUCCCAGCAGGCUCGGCCUUUCCAAGGCAGGUUCCCAAAGCCCUGCCGGAGCUUCAGAGCCAGCCAGCGGCGAGAGGGAAACAACCAAGCCUUGCCGAAAGGAGGCCCCAGGGUGCACUAUUCUUUUUUAAUUCCUUUCCAUAUACGCAUCAGCGCUAAAUCUAUGCGGUGCUUAGAUCAAAAACGCCCGUCCUGCCACUAAAGCGCUCCCGCAGCUCACGCUCCCAGCCCAGGAAGCGGGCGCUUGUCGAGGGUGGUCCUUGCGCCACCGCCGCCUCCUCCUCAAAUUAAGCAGCCCAGAAGAGCCAGCGGCGCCUCGGUGGGCUUAUCGCUUGCGGACAGCCUUCGUCCUCAGCGCAGCGUUCGGCUUUGAGCUUUCUCCGGUUCUUUUCCCCCACAGCCACGCGCUGGGUAGAGGUACAGAGCCUUUGGGACCGCGGUUGAACACGGAGGCCCGCGGAUAUCCAAGCAAUAGCCUUGUUUUGAGAUGGAGGCGAAGCAAACUGCGGUAUCUGUAGGUAUUCUAGUUUUGUAUUCUUGCCCUAACAAGCCUAUUCUGUUUUUGGGUUUUUUUUUAUAUAUAUUUUUUAUAUGCAGCCUCUUUACACAACACUACUAACGUUUAACGCGUUUAUAAACGUGACUCUAAACGGCGUGGAGGUUCCGUGGUGUGGUUUUUGUUUUUUUUUUUUACAGGCUGGUAACAUCCAGGCGUUGUAUUUGGAUUUAAUCCCUGGCUCCGCGUGGAGCCUGACCUCUUGGCACUUCCACGGGACCCCCGCCCCGUGCUGUUUGCGCUGCUCUCGGUGCUGAGGGGGGGUUCUGCACGUAGGGAUUUUAAUGCUUUUACCAAAACACGUCUCCCCGCCGCUCCUCCGUCCCGCGGAGUUGCACACAAGCUCCUGCAGCUGCCUUAGCGCUGCCGGCGGCGGCUCUGAAACAAAUCCGGGAGGGUUGCGCCGCUUCCAGCGUCAAAGCCCGCGUCUGGAAAGCGGGACGUCCUGGCAGCGGGGGAGGGACGGGGGAAGGAAAAAGGAGAAGCUGAUGCUCUGCCACUUGGUUUCGGCAGCGCUGCUGGCCGUUUUUGGUCUCCUGAUCCCCUCGGAAGGCGGUAACGCCGUCCCGCGCGACCCUCCUGGCCUUCUCGCCUCGAGGGGCCGCGGCAAGCAGCGGCUGCGGCUCUCCGGCGCCCCUAAGAGCUUUGCAGGGAGUUCUUGGAGGGCUUUGGGGUUUGUCGCGGUCACCGCAGCCUCUCUGGGUGAGGACGCAGCUGCACAAUCUGCCUGGAAUCGAGCACGGCCGGCUCAGCCUCGGGGGUUUCGAUCUGACCCCCCGGCACCAGCGUCGUUGGCACCCAGGCGGGGCGAUUCUCCUUGCUCGGGCUCUGUAAUUAACGCCGACACGAUAAAUCGCCUUUCGCCGGCCGUCCCCCCCUCUCUCUGUCCGCCCUAGCGCUCAGUACACCGUUGCCUUUUGUACGUAUAGUUUUCUACAAUAAACCGAUAGAUUUUGGGGUA